GUUCGAGUGGCGCCAUGGCAGCAGCGGCGCCUUCAUCUUCGUCGUCUGCCUUGCCUCACGGCGAGGUCAGUCAAAGCACAACAAACACACACACUCAUCAAUGUGUCAGAGCAUCACUGACUCAUCCCUUUGUUCGUUUGACUCUUCGGUUCGUCAGGCAAUGGCAUCCCCGACGCCGUACCGUUACAAACAGGGCAGUCGUGUGCUGAUGGUGACCAACUGGCGGGAGAAGGGCAAGCAGAGGUGGGUCAAGGCCGACGUGUAUCGCAUCGAGGAGGGCAGUGGACGGACGGCGCUUCACUUGAGGGAGGUGGGCGGACACCGGGAGGAGUUCAAAGUGCUGGUGCCGCAUAGCAAGACAAAGACAUCACCGCAUGGCCAACAGGUACACGCGACGUCCACACGUCCACUCAAUCACCGCAUGUGUGUGUGAUGGUGUACGCCCAGGCGCAUGGCGGCUUCCGCCUCACUCACAAGAACUCUGCUGAUCAGGAGGAUAACACAAUGGUACACACACACAGCCACACUCGUGACGCGGCUCACUCUCAUGCUGGCUGCUCUCCCUGACUCAGGCCCCUUGUGGUCUUGGCGACGACCACCUGUCGUUUGUCUUCAGCUUCAUGACCCCUCGCGAGUUGUCAGCCCUCCCAACACUCCUCAAGCAGUGGCCGCAAGUCCGCAAGGGGGCCUUCCACCAGCAGACACACAUCGCCAUCGCCAUCGACUCUUCUACCGAGGAGGACCGCCACUUCUGGGAGAGCAUGACGCCUGAGGCGGCCUUCGAGCUUGGCAGACGGCUCGUCAACCUGACAGCAGUCAGCCUCGUGCAGCCAUUCUUCGACCAGUCUUGGCGUCUGGGCACCAUGAUAAGCGUCGUGGAGGGUCAUGCGGCCGGGCGGCGGGAGGCGUGCAAGAAGGAGGGGCAGCAGCACAUGGCGAAGGGAUCGCUGGAGACAAUCGACUUCACCACCAGCACUACCACCACCAGCAGCACCACCAACCUGUCCUCCCUCCCUGCCCCCCUCACCGAACCCUCCACCCUCCAUGCCCUCAGCGCCGUCACUGGUGCCUUCGGUGAGCACAGUGAGCUGGUCAACAGGGGCUGGAAGAUGCCCGCACUCCAGUGUGUGGAGCUGUGGGGGUGGGGUGCCGACGUCCUGGGCCGAUUCAUCAGCUCCUCGUCAUCGCUGAAACAAGUGCGGGGGUGUCGGCGGUCAUGGGAAUGGUGGGCGGCUGUGUUUGAACGCUUUCCCGUCGCAUCCGCCGGGCAGCCAGGGCCGCUCAGACACCUGCAGACCAUCGGAGGGAUCGAGCAUGACCGUCAUGGGGACGUGACACACGGGGGAUCGACACGACUGCAGGUAAGCAAUCAAUCACCACACAGGGGAGGCCUCACCUGUGCACACACACACACGAAUGGUCUUCUCCUCUCUGUGUUCUUUUUUUAGGAUGUGCUCACGUCGCGUGGCUGCCGCAAGUCGUUGACGGGCCUCGACGUGAAGAUCCCACAGUUCCAGUACAUGUACCACACCAGCCUCUCUGCCCUGCUGGCCGUCGACGGCUUCAUCAACACGUGCUGCAUCUCGCCGGAGGUGCCGCUCAACGUGACGAUCGAGGGGAACAUCUUCAACUUGGCCGUCUUCUACGCCGACGCAUUCCCCCCUUGCCCAUCCCCCUUCAUCAAGACGGCCAUCAAGGAGGCGGCACGGCAGGCGGAGCAUGUGGGAUACGCCAUCAGCCAGCACGACCUCACCCACCCUAUCGACACCCCCAGCCAGGCGGCCGUCGAGAUCGCACAAAGCCUCUCGUUCGACAAGGUGCGAGUCGUGGAGGUUCACGAUGACCAUGGCUUCGUCCCCCCUCUCGGCACCAUCCCACCCGCCCCCGACAUCAUCAACCACCUGCAGCCGUUCUCGAGGGCGGGACAGCUGUAUUUGAACAGCCGUCUGGGCGUUGCUGCCUUCCGCUUGCUGGCGCAGAAGAUGCCUAUGGAAGUGGAGAGCGUCCUGUUUGAUGCAAGGGUCAGUGCACUCAGUGCACAGGACAGGAGUGGUGUGCUGGAGGGAUUGGGGGAGAAGAGGGUGGAUCUGAAGAAACCAAUCAACCUUGACCGCAACCGGGACGGCACCAUCGACAUCAGCGUCAAUGACCGCGAGGGCUCGGAUGCCCGCACAUCCUGGCUUGCUGUACUGGACCGGCUUCGACGCACGGUACAGAUCAGGACUGGGGCUUCGACGCACAGCGCCAGCCCCCAGGAAAGGGACUGGGGUGGCGCUGUGCGAAUGAGCGGGGAGAGCGACGCAGACAGACAAUCGCAGCGCUCAGUGGUCGACACAACGAGCGUAAGCACGACUUCGCUCCCACCGGCAGAUAGCCGUUUCAGUGCUGUUCACUUUUGCUCGUUCAGAUGAUGCAGUCAGUGAGCAGGCAGACCAACGAAAGAGGGCCGCAAACGAAGAAGCAGAGAACCAACGACCCCGAUUAUGGGGCAGCCCCACCAUUCAUGGUGAGCGGACUGAAAGGAGAUGAGGAAUUAGACAGGGAAAUCACUGCUGCCUCCACGCGAUUGCAACUAUUGUUUCGGCAGGAUCCGGCCUCUGUGCAGGGAGGUGGGAAAGGUCCGAGUGGGUGGAUCCUUUUUGGCUUGUCUCAGCCUCACGCAGUGCGGCGCCUUCGACGGGUGGAGGUCGGAUCGCUUUCCAUCCUGUCGCGAAAUACACAUGGAACUAGCAGGUAUGCCGGGAGGGCAGUGAUUGUCAUCAUAUGUGUGUGUCCAUCCACUUUGCCUUUGUGUCGUCUGUGCUGACGUUCCCGAGCGCAUUCAACGCGGCUUGUCGACUCUGUUCACCGCUGGCGUGCGCGGCCUGAGGCGUGUGGUGCUGUCGCUGGAGGGCGUGUAUCGCGACCGACGGCGUGGCGAUGCCAUUCGUGAGGUGCUCCCUAACAGCAUGCGAGGAGGCGGCUUCACCAUCAACACAUUGGAUCACCCUCCGAGGGACCCUCGUGACAUUGUAGUGGAGGCAACUUAUGAGGUGACACAUAGACAGGAACACUCACUCACUAAGACCAGUGAAUGGCUCAUUCACUCACCCUCACGUGUCGGCAGGACCAGUACAACGACCCUGCCGCACCGCAGAAGGUGGAUACUGCAACAGUGUCUGCUGCUGCCCUGGAGCCGGUGCUGACCACGUGCAGGGCCAUGAACCUGCCACACACUCAGUCACUCAAGCUGCACAAAUGAG